CCCAUAUGCGGCCGAUGAUAGCCGAAUACGAUCCCAAGAAAAAAGAAGUCAGAAAUGACUUGUCAGACGUUAUGGUCAAGUAAGUGACAAUGUUCUUUGGUACUGCGACGGGGAUUUCUCACAGCGACAACAAUCGGCGUUGCCAGCUUUUAUACUGCCUGUGUGUCGUUAAUAACCCAACUUUAUUCUCAGUCGACAUGUUCAAUAAACCUUUUUGUUCCUUGCUUAUUAAAUAUGUUUGACAUGAAAUUAAAGCAUGCUUUCACAGCUUAACUCCUUCUCAUUUGUUUGUUUGCAAGAUCAAAAGAUGUAUUGAAUACCAGAUAUUAUACCAGAGGAGUCGGAAUAUUAAUAAUAUUGCCAUUUUUGUUCAACAGGACUUUGAAAAGAACAUUCGUAGGUUAUAUUAUCAAAUAAAAGAUUAUUUUCCGUUAGUAAAUAGAAGUUGAGUGUUGCAGGGGUUCAUAUAGCCCUCGCUUGACUGUCUGUUACCAAUAAUCUUUUAUGUUAAAAUGGUAUUUUGUAUUGUAUGUCGACUGCUCCUUUAACGAGCUAAUUAAGCUCGUCGCCGUUCGGAGACGAUCCGGGAAGACGUGUGCAGCUUCCACGAGAUUAAAGUCAUUCGUCGACCUUGAUCAUCUAGCAAUGGACUCAUACACCGAUACAAAGUUGAUCCAAUUGAGAUCCCAGUGGAACAACAAGCAGGGUCCACUCUCCCUCUUAUGGAAAUACCGGGACGAGAUGUUGAAGCGGACGAGGAUUAUGAUCCAUUCAAGCACAGGAAGUUAGCUCAUCCAACAUCGGAUAUGGAUACACUUAUUCAUCUUUUAAAAGGAUCCCUUGGAAGUGGCAUUUUAGCAAUGCCUAUGGCUUUCCUCAACGCCGGCCUCUACUUCGGUUUGGUAGCAACUUUUCUAAUUGGUGGCAUCUGCACUUACUGCGUCCAUGUUCUGGUUAAAACUUCCCACGAGCUCUGUAGAAGAAUGCAGAAACCAUCAUUGGGUUUUGCCGAAACUGCUGAAGCUGCCUUUUUAUCUGGACCGCCCGCUAUGCACAAGUUCUCGAGGCUUGCAAAAGCCCUCGUGAACUCGUUCUUGGUGAUUGAUUUGCUGGGCUGUUGUUGUGUGUACAUCGUGUUUGUAUCCAAGAACAUCAAACAAGUAGCGGAUUUCUAUGCUAAGGACAGUGAGUGGUUUCCUCAUGACAUGGAUGUGCGAAUUUACAUGGCACUGCUGCUGCCGCUUCUCAUAUCUAUGAAUCUGAUAAGAAAUUUAAAAUAUCUGGCACCAUUUUCCAUGUUGGCGAACCUUUUGGUCGGUACCGGUAUGGGUAUAACCUUCUACUACCUCUUCCAAGAUAUCCCGAGUGUCAGCGAGCGUAAACCUUUCGCCGGAUUCAAUCAUUUACCAACAUUUUUCGGAACGGCCAUCUUCGCCUUGGAAGGAAUUGGCGUUGUGAUGCCCCUUGAAAACAACAUGAAGACUCCUCGUCAUUUCAUCGGUUGCCCUGGUGUUCUGAACACCGGCAUGUUCUUUGUUGUUUCGCUGUACGCUUUUACUGGAUUCUUUGGAUAUUUGAAAUAUGGCGAUAUGACAUCUGGAAGUAUCACGAUCAAUUUACCAGAAGACGAAGUGCUUGGACAAAGUGUAAAGCUUAUGAUCGCUGUGGCCAUAUUCUUCACGUACAGUCUGCAAUUCUACGUACCAAUGGACAUCAUCUGGAGGAACGUACGUCACUGGUUCGGUGCCAAAAAGAAUCUCGCCGAAUACAGCAUCAGGAUCUUCAUAAUUAUAAUCACGCUGUGUAUUGCCAUUGCUAUUCCGAACCUUGGACCAUUUAUAUCUCUUGUCGGUGCCGUGUGUCUCUCCUUUUUGGGUCUUAUAUUCCCUUCAAUUAUUGAGAUUGUUGCUUUUUGGGACAGGCCUAAUGGUCUCGGUCGUUUUAAUUGGGUCCUCUGGAAGAAUCUAUUUUUGAUUUCUUUCGGAAUACUCGGCUUUUUAACAGGUUCCUACGUCAGUAUUAUAGAAAUAAUUGAAUCAAAGGAAUAGUGAUUCGGAAAGACUAUUUUUAGAUUAAGGCUCAAAUGAAAUUAACGGCUAAGAUUCGAUUUAACUUUGUUUCUUUUU